AGAGAGAAAGCGGGUGGGAACGGGGAAGAGAGAGUACGAAAUUGUGGCAGAGGUAAACAGCAGAAGUUGUCUGAAGAUCUCAGUGCUAUACGGUGUAACUACGGACGCGAAAGCCUCGUGGAAACAUGUAGACAUUAAUUACGUCCGAUACUAGCAGACUAACAUCCACAAAAGGAGCUGGGCGUGUUCAUAUUUUGAUGUACUGAGGCUCGAGUCACAGGUUUUGUUCAACAUUCCUCCCGGCCGACGCGACGCGGUGGGGACCCGCACAAUUGAGUAAUGCUUUCACUUUUCCAGCGAGAAGAUGGAUGAAAAAUCCUACUACAGCCGACUUCUCAUCGUACUGCUGAUGAUCCUGUGUUUCGGUGUUAUUGUAUUACAAUACGUCUGUCCUACGUCCGAUUGCCAGUUGCUACACCUGGCAUCAUUGUCCUCGAGACUAGGGAGUCGCGAGCCCGGGGAUCGCAUGAACGGAGCCGGUGCUGGAGAUCCGUACAGCUCAGAAGACGGUGCUUUGGUUCGCUUUGUGCCUCGCUUUAAUUUCACUACCAAAGACCUUAAUCGUGCUGUAGAUUUCAACAUAAAGGGAGACGAUGUUAUAGUGUUCCUCCACAUUCAGAAAACCGGGGGGACCACGUUCGGCCGUCACCUGGUCCGCAACAUCCAGCUGGAGAGGCCGUGCGAGUGCCAUGCGGGCCAGAAGAAGUGCACUUGCUACCGGCCGGGCAAACGGGACACCUGGCUGUUCUCGCGCUUCUCCACCGGCUGGACCUGCGGUCUGCACGCGGACUGGACGGAGCUCACUAACUGCGUGCCUUCUUACAUGAGCAACCGCGAGUCUCAGGAGAGGCGCGGGAUUCCCAGUAGGAACUACUACUACAUCACGAUCUUGAGGGAUCCGGUGUGGCGCUACCUGAGCGAAUGGAGGCACGUUCAGCGCGGUGCCACCUGGAAGGCCUCUAAACACAUCUGUGAUGGCCGUUUACCCACCCUGACCGAGCUGCCCAGCUGUUACACUGGUGACGACUGGUCGGGCUGCACGUUGGAGGAAUUCAUGGUGUGUCCUCACAACCUGGCCAACAACAGACAGACGCGUAUGCUGGCUGACCUCAGCCUGGUGGGCUGCUAUAACCUCUCCAUCAUGAGUGAGAGCCAGCGGUGGGGCGUUCUACUGGAAAGUGCCAAGCGCAACUUGCGAAACAUGGCCUUUUUUGGUCUGACGGAAUAUCAGCGUAAGACGCAGUACCUCUUCGAGCACACGUUCCGCCUGUCCUUCAUCGCGCCGUUCACGCAGCUCAACGGCACCCGCGCUGCGAGCGUAGAGGUGGAACCGGAGACCCAGCGCAAGAUUCGAGAGCUGAACCAGUGGGACGUGGAGCUGUAUGAGUAUGCGCGGGACCUUUUCCUGCAGCGAUUCCAGUACGCCAGACAGCAGGAGCGCAGGGAGGCCCGUCAGCGACGCCUGCAGGAGAGACGCAAGCUACGUGCCAAGGUGAAGCCUUGGUGGGGGGUGACUGGAAAAGCUGUUUUUAAACCCACCAAGGAGCCACCAACGACAGAACAAUAUCCUGCUUUCUCUGAAGAAAAACAAGCAGAUGCUGGACAUGUGGAGAGUGAGACAGAAGGACAGGUAGAGGACAGCUGGAUAGAGGAGGAUGGGAAUGAAACCAUAUUGGACUAUUUAGAAAAUGUGGAGCAGUGGCGGUAGCCAACAGCUAUUUGGUUGAACUCAAUAAUGGACUAGAAAAUGGUGAUUCCAUUUUAUUACUACGGGGUACCUAUAAUCCUUUAAGCCCAAAUCACUGCUAAAUAUUAGCAUGUACGGGUUAUUAAUUGCGGGUUUUUCUUUUUGUGACACAUGAAUUUUGUGGAAUGCACAUCUUAAUUGCCAUAUAUAUUGAUUCAUAGCACCAGUUUACUGUCAAAUAUCAUAGUUUGAAUUAUCGUCUUACAACCUUGUGACUUGUGAAUUGAAGAUAUGCUAAAAUCCACAGUCCCAUCCCCGCUUUGCCCUUGAGAAGAGGGCAUUAUGAGGUUGCAGGGAGAUCAUCACUGCAAUUAAUUUACUGAAAAUCUUUAUGGAGGAAAAGCAAAUGCUUAAUACUAAUCGUUAAAGCCAAAGAAUGGAAUGUCUCCGAAUUUUCAGACCUUGCUGUUCUAAGGAGGAAGCUGGUGGCAGCACAUUUUUAUUUACAUUCCUGUAAUGUAAGAUUUAAAAUAUUGCCUUUUUUUUUUUUUUUUUUUUUCCAAGUGUCCUCAACAGUCACAAUCCCAUGCACAUCAUAAGUCAGCCUUUUGUUGAAGUCCAACACUUGUCUUUUGGAUUAUUUUUUUAUUUAAGAUGUUUUCUAUGAAAUGCAUUUCUUUCUCAUUCCUUUUAUUUAUGUUUGCCAAUAGGAUCACAUGAUAUGGGUUGUAUCAUGGUAUUUUGCUACUUGAAAAUAAAAAGCCAUUGUGAAUCA